GGAGCAGGUGGAGACACAACGCGCAGGCGGAGAAGGGGUAUGCCGGCUGGGCGCAGGCGUGCUACAGUUGUUUCCACCUCCGCCCCCCCCUCCCAGGAGCACGCGGGUUGGGGAGAAGACGCCAUUUUAUUUGUCUUAUUUUAGCACCUUCCCAGGAACCACACAUUCGACAGUCCUUUCGUUUAAUUGUGUCCCGCUUUCGAACCUAUCUUAGCAUUCCAGGUCUUGUGACCUGCAACGUUUGCGCAAUCACUGGCACUCAACCCGAGGAAGGCCGAAAGGUUGUGUUGCCAUGAAUAAAGUGGUGGUUGUAAACACAGAGGAAAGCCAGAGCUGCAGCAAAAAUACUCCAGAGCUGUCCUUCAGCGCUGUAACCCCCGAGAUGUUGGAAGAGUUUCUGGUUGAUGUGGCCAAGGAGAAUGAAAAUAACCUGCUGAACCUCUCUCAGCACGCAGGCUGUUUCAAAAAAACAACCUUAAUUGAGUUUGUUUUCCUUCUUUGUGAACAACUGGGACUUCAUCAGGUUACAGGUUAUCAAGCUGUGGAGCUAUUGGAAAGGUUUAUGAUUCGAUACAUUGAAAAACUGUACUCAUCUACAUGCACAGGAUCUGACAAAAGUACAGAAAAACUUGGUUGGGAACAAUUGCAGGAUAUAAUCCAAGAGCAUUUUGUGCUACGGAUCAUGUCAUGUGUUCAAAUAGCAAGCAAAAUCUCAUUCCAUUACCAGAUUGUUAACAUUAGUAUGGCCCUGAAGGUACUCCAGUCACUUGGUUGCUCAUAUAAGAAAGAAGACUUUCUGGAAUCAGAAUUGCUUGUCCUUGAAACUUUGAAUUUUCAAGUCAAUGUCCCUUCCCCUUUCACUCACACUGAAGUACUAUUAGAAGUCAUGGGGUACAAUGAUCCAUCGGUUCCCAUUAAGUAUCUACACUGUAUUUCCCUAAAGGUGCUAAAAUUUGUUUAUCUCAUGAGAAACACCAUCUAUGAAAACUUACUCAAAAUUGCUAUUGAAAAUUCUACACCUAGUGAACUCCAAAGAGCAAAAUUUUUGACGGUAAAGGAAGAUUGCAUGCUUCUAGCUGUUGGGGUCAUUGGAACAAGUGCAUUCAUACUGAACUACACACCAUGGUUCAAGGUUGUGCAGCAGCUGGCUUCAAUUAGUGGUGUAACAGAAGAGAGCAUCUCGGAGUUUUCUCAAAUAAUAUUAAACAACAUUUUUCCAGGAGUAAGUCAUUUGAAAUAGGUUCCAAUGUUAAUGGAUAUUGAACUUUGUCAGUGCAGUAAUUUUGUAAAUUAUACAUAAGUGAAUUGCUUGUCACUAAUCUGAGAUAUAAAGUCAGUUUCAGACAAUUUGUCAAAAAUGUUGACUUUAAGUGCUAUUCUUAUACUGCACAUGAUUCUAAAUUACAGCACAAGUAAUUCUAAAUUAAAUAUUUAAAAUCAAAUUCAUAAAUGAAGGGUUGCUUAAAUGCUUUCUAUAAUCUCCUCAGGAAUAUGAAGAUAAGAAAAAUAAAUGCAGAGAAGAAAAUACUGUAAAUAGAGGAAUUGAUUAUUAGCUGUUUUGAUUUUGGCUUUAUAACUAAGUUACCAUUGAAACAAUAGCAACAUAUACCUGAAGCAUAUAAAACCUCAACAGAUAAUGUAAUUGACACACUUGCAAAAACCAGAGUUAAAAUCUUCAGAAUAGAUAGUGUAAUGCUGUUUUUCAUAUUUUUGUAUGAUUUCAGUCCUUCCUAUCACUCCAAGAUCUGUGCUCUUCCACUCUGGCUUCUUGCCCAUAUCCAAGUUUUCUCUCUCCACCAUUGGCAGCCAUCCUUCAGCUACAGUUACUUAGUCUCCAAGCUCAGGAAUUCUCUUCUUAAAUUUCCACCUCUCCUCCUUUUCAGCAUGCCUCAAAACCCAGUUCUUUAACCAACAUGACAAAACGUAGUCUUUGCAAGACAAUAUAUAACUCAGGUAGUCAUCAUUUAUUUCCUAAUAAGAAACAGCUUCUAGUUGAGAUCCCCAAAAUACUAUUUUCCUAAAAUUACAUCAUACCCUGGAAGCACUCUGUUUUUUUUUGUGUGUGAUAUGCUUAUUGAGAAGUACCCAAAACCAUCAAUUUGCUUUAAUUUAAAUUUGCUGUAAUAAGGAAUACUGUACAAACUUUCUUAGAUGCAGUUAUUAUCACAAGUUUCAAAACAUUUGGCAUUGGUGGUGGUUCUCUAAUUGCUCAAUGG